AUGCCAACAAAAGUGAUAACACAACUGGAAAGUAAAAAUUCCGAACCAUGCCUUUAUGCAAGAAAUCGGCGAAUUUUUGCGAAAACAUGGGAUUCGGCUAUUCAUCGUCUGUCACUUCCUGGAGUGUCAUAUCAUCCUGAAUUUAAUUUUAUUAUACCAAUCGUUAAUCAUAAAAGAUCUACAACAAAAAAUUCAUUUCCCGAUCUUCCGCAGUCUCUUUUUUUGAUGCCAUCCAUAUAUGCUGGUGCUUUGUCUCUGUGUUGGUUGGUUUGGUUGGUUGGUUGGUUGGUUUGUUUGGUUGGUUGGUUGGUUUGGUUGGUUGGUUGGUUGGUUUGUUUGGUUGGUUGGUUGGUAUGUCAGUCAGUCCGCAUAUUUCAGGGUUUAGUGAGUGGUAGCUGA